UUUCUCCCGUUUCCAGUGCUGGAUUGCACUUAUGGCUGAGUGUUCAAUAUAGGCUUCCUCAUGGAUGAAUGCUAUGGGAGUUGCAUAUUUUUAGCCUAAUUUAGGCUUAGAUCUGAGGUAUCAGCAGAGUCGUGGCUUCUUCAUUACGUGGAUACAUCACUGGAUCAGAUGUGGAACUCUUCAUAUGGCACAACCAAUGCUGAAGAUGAGUGGUUCGAUACCAUGGUUUCUCUUCUUCAUCGCAAUGGUGGUUGAGGGAUCCUGUCCAUCCAACUGUGAUUGUGGGGCAGGAGGUGAUGGAAGUCAAGUGUUCUACUGUCCACGUGCAUCCCUGUCACCCAUCAUACUCCAUUUCUCUCCGGGUAGCCUUUUGAGCAUUCAAUGUCCUCAGAAGAUGUCUCCGAUGAACUAUAACCUGCUUCAUGGCCUCCAUCUUGGCCCGGUGAAGACUGCAGAACUCCGGUUUUGUCCAAUCCCAAGCAACUUGCCAAGCUAUUCUGGUCUCUUUGGAGUUCUUGGAGUAGAUGAUGUGAAAGUUCUUGUCCUGGAGUUCAUGACUGAUAUGCAGGUGACUCUGGCACAGGAACACUUUACUGGACUGACAUCUCUUAGAGCUCUGCUUCUCCAGGGGCAAGGCAUUAUUGGGCUGAAGCCAUCUAUGUUUGAGGCUUUGAAGGAUCUGAGAAGCCUAACAAUGGAAGGGACAAUGGUGCAAGAUUCAUUUUCUGAAGACUUAUUUUCACCCCUGUCUAAUAUUUCCAUGCUUCAAUUGGGCUCAAAUGAUAUCAGUCAUCUUCCUGAAAGGAUAUUCUUUGAGAACAUUCAACUUAGGCGUCUAAACCUUGAGAAUAACAACCUGUCCCAAGUGUCCCCCAGGAUCUUCCAAACUCUCAAUUCUCUGGAAGUGUUGGAGCUUCAAAGCAACCAGUUGUCCACAUUUCCACAUGACAUAUUUUGGAAUCUCACAUCACUACAUUAUCUGGGUCUAGGCCUCAAUCAGAUAUCUACACUGGAUGUUGAUAUAUUUGCAUACAAACCUAAAUUAGAAGCCCUCAAGUUAUUUGGCAACCCAAGACUACAAGAGCUACCUGGAAAGAUAUUUCAUAAGUUAAUGUCUCUCAAGCAACUGUAUUUGCAUCUCAACGCUCUCAAGGAUCUUCCUCAUGAUCUUUUUCAAGAGCUUACCAGCUUGGAGAAUCUUACCCUGAAUGAUAAUCAGAUUGAGGUACUGCUUCAGGACCAAUUCAGGGGCUUGAAGAAGCUCCGUAACUUGGAUUUGAAGGGGAAUCGUGUCCUCAUCAUCAGCAGUGUGAUUGUCUCUAUUGCAAUCCUAUCUACUGGAACUGUAUUUGUAUAUUAUCGAUACUGGAAAGUGCUGAGACUCUGGUUUUUUGUUCAUGGCUACUGUUCUUGCAUCCUGUUGGAAGAGGAACUUGAUCAGGAUCGCACUUAUGAUGCUUUCAUCAGUUAUGCUCAGGAAGACGAGGCCUUUGUUGUUGGAGAGCUGCGGCCUCAUCUUGAGGAUAAAGAACCACAUUUUUCACUUCUCCUGCACUUUAGGAACUGGUUGCCAGGGGCUCAGAUCCAUGAUAAUGUUAUCAAUUCCAUUAGUGCUUCUAAGCGAACUCUGGUCAUUCUUUCCUCUGCAUAUGUUGCAAGUCCAUGGUGCCAAUCAGAGUUUCGACUUGCUUUCAAUCAUCAGAUUGAGACACAAAUGAAUCGACUCAUUGUGAUUGUGAUGGGGGAGUUACCCCCUGAUUUGCCAGAGGAAAUGCAAUUAUAUGUGAGUCAGAACACUUACAUCCGAUAUGGUGAGCCAUGUUUCUGGGAGAAGUUGCAGUAUGCUCUUCCACAUUAUAAGCAACAGAAGACAAUCAAUCAAAAUCACCGUGAUGAUGGCAUUCAAUUAGUUGAUGCUCCACUCUGA